GUUUGUUUUUUUUAAAACAUCAACACCUCCACAGCUGUGUAGUACUGAGAAGCACCGACUUUGGUGUCAGUGAACCUCUGGAGGAUUCCGUGCUGCAGCUGAUACAGCACUGCCUCCUCCAUUCAUCCAUUCAUCGGGUUUUUUACUCUCCUGCACCACGUUGUUGUUGCUGCCGCUGCCUGGGCCACUGAACUCACGCUGAUAGGACAGCAGUAAAACAGCGGCGGCAGCAGCAGCAGCAUCAUCCAGUGGACGGACAGAGAUGACUCACAGCUCACGGGUUUAGCCUCAUCUCGGUGACACGGACGCGCCAACUGCAUUCGCGCGGUCGGGAACACACGGCAUCUCUGAAGGAACGUGAUAACGUCACUGUUUACAAGUUUGGAUUUCAACAAUAUUCCAACUCUGACUUAGUGGAAACAUGGGAACGAACCCAAAAAGAACAGUGACAGUCCAGAUGGUGCCUCAGCUGGCUGUGGUGGAUUCUCUGGGCAACAGGGAGUCAAACGCCAACUGCACUAAAGGGGCCAACCUCAAACUCCCUCAGGUUUGUCCCACGGCCCUCCUCACAUCCAACCACCACCACCAACAGGACGACGUGUCUUCAGCUGCUGUGUCCACCAACGUUGUCCCCCACACCCAACAAACAGCUGGUGAAGCGGCUCCGGCCAAUGGGAACCAGGAGAAACCCGAGUUUGUAAAAGGUGGAGACCAACAGAUGCCAGAAAAGUCGCUACCUGUCAAACGUGUGAGUGAGCCGGGAGGCAGCCAGACUGAUUCUAAUGCUAAUAUGAGAAUGUCGAGCCGAGGUGAUGAAAAGGAUAUCUGUAAAGCUGGCGUGCCAUCUGCCGUCACAGCGUCAGCGGUCGACAGACAGAGCAGUAACUGCAGAGUAAAAGAACCCAGUGCAAACCAGGCAGGAGAGCAGCGUGAAAAGACGGCGUCCUCGGCCACAACCGCAGCACCAGAGGACAAUAAUAAUUAUGUUUCUACAAAUGUGAAGAGUCCCACCAGCGUGUGUCAUUUACCACAAACUAAAUCUGCGGAGCAGGAUAAUAAAGGAAGUAUAUCCACUCCCCAAAAUAAGGACAUUGUUAUUUCACAGAAACACACAGAGCAAAUACAGAAUUCAUCGCAGCCCACACCUGGAACCAGCAUGAAAACGACGUCUCCCCGGAACUCCGCUGCAGCUAAAGAACCAGGGCCCGCAACAUCUAAUGUAACGAUGUCAAAGGAGGAGUUGAAAAUGGAGAAGAAACCAGAAGAAGAACCGCAGUUGGUGGCUUCACAGCAGACCUCCUCCUCCGUUCAAAACGUCAGUCAAACUAAGACGUCGGUCAGUGAAGGGCUGGAGCGGCCGCUCUCCAAAGUCUACAAGGAGGCGUCCACCAUGACCUCCUCCCUGUCGCCCACCCCGGUCAAGCAGUGUCAUGACAUGGAGGUGCAGGCGGUGGCCAACAUGUGCAGCAAAGCUGUGGCCACCAGCCCCAGCCUGCUGCCCUUCGCCGGCAUCCGCAGGCCGUGCAGUGGCGCGGGCCCCGGGGACGAGGUGCCGAGCCUGGCUGUGGUCUUGGUGGAGGACCGCGGGGUGGAGGUCCAGCAGGUGCACCUGCCUUCAGUCUCAUCUGAUUCAAGGUCAGAGAAGCUCACAGUGGAGGCAGAAAUGUGCUGUAACCAAAAUGCAGUCAAAUCACAAGCAGAUGGAGGACUUGGAGCCAAGCCCAAAGAGCCGGAGCCAGCUUUUUGUAACAUUCAGCCGGCCUAUCAAAUCAACAUUGAACACAAGGAGCAGGGAGACUCAGGUAACUCCCAGUGUAAAGCAGCGACUCAGAAAUCUGUGGCAAAAACAAUCAGUGCUCCAGCUCCUCUGCUCAAACCAGGGACAGCCCCACACAGCGCCGGUGUUUCCAAGUCUGGAUCUGCUGACAGUAACGUUACGGCGCCAUCCUCAGGUGCUGUUAAUUCAAAGCCUGACCAGAGCCUCAAAACAACAACAACAACAACAAUAACAACAACAACAAAGACAACAACAGGAAAAAACAAAUCCAAGUCUGAAGUCACUACAAACAAAGCAGAGAGUUCAAAAAAAAAAAGCAAAAACGCUGAGGGUAAAGCUGCCGUACAGAAGACGGAGAAGAAGAAAAACAAAGAAGAAGAGGACGAGCAGGCCGAGAAGCAGGGUGUCCAUGAUGUCGUCUGGGACGAACAAGGCAUGACGUGGGAGGUGUACGGGGCCUCGGUCGACCCGGAAUCCCUGGGCUUUGCCAUUCAGAGCCACCUGCAGUGCAAAAUUAAGGAGCAAGAAAGGAAACUGAUUGUGCAGACUUCCCUGCGAAAGUCGGUCUCUGACUCACCGCGACAUCGCAAGAAGAACAAAAGGAGGCAGCAGAACAUUUUCAGGUCAAUGCUGCAAAAUGUCAGACGGCCCAACUGCUGCGUCCGCCCCCCUCCCUCCUCUGUCCUUGAGUAGCACGGCCCAAAGAUAGCCGACGUCCUCCCCUGUUUUUCCUAGAGGUCAAAAUGUUUAUCCCCGCGUCCCGACUGCAAUACCGAGAGAAACAUUGACCUGGUGAUGAUCCCUGUGAGUAAGUACGUAAACUCUGGAAUGUUGUAGCAUAACGAGUCCAAAUACGUGUGAUGUUUGUGAUCAAAGAAUGUAGGAAAUAUUAUCUGAACGCGAACAACCCCAGAUUUAUUUUCUAGAAAUAGAUAUUAUAUUAAAGAGAUAGAAACUUCCGAAACUGAUUUUUGAACAACGCGGGCAAUAAUAGUGAAGAAAAGCAUGUAUAUUAGUUGAGAUGCCGGUUGUAUGUCCUAUAAACGACUCCAGAUCCUCACGUUGUACUGCACUGAUCAUAAAGAUUCACACGUUACUUCCUGUUUCAUUCGAUGCGUUUCUCUGGUUUCCAGGCGUUUACAGCGGCUGUGUUUUUGUUUUCAUUUACUUAUAGUAAGUGAUUCUGCUGUUCACCAAGAAGGGAUAAAAAUGCAUAUAUAUAUACAUAUAUACAGUAUAUAUAUAUAUUUAUCUGCUGUUGAUUCCUUGUUGUUUGUUUUUCUAUUAAAAACCCUCAAAAUUGGUUAACAAUUUUCAUUUCGCACGCAUCGACUGAGACCCCCUGAGAAGAAUUGUUUGAAACUAC